AUGACGAUGAGGUGGGAGACUUCCUCAGGCUCUCAUGCGCACCCCAUGCGCGGCACGACCCCCAUGAUUCCACCUGAGCUCACACAUAACCCAUCAGACUCGCCCCCGCGGCAUCGUCGCUACGUCGCCCCGGGAUCCGACGCCCCCGUUGAGGCGGAACAGACGAGCCGCCACAGUCAUUACCCGUAUUCUCGCUAUAACUAUUCCCAACCUGCCACGCAGCACGCUAUUUUAUCUACCCUACAAGUGACGCCCAGAACUGGGCAGAAUUAUGAUUCCCCGCAUGACAACUCCUCCCACUCUCGUGCAACUCAUACCAUUGAGGAGAACAGGAAGCAUGUGUGUAUUCGCAUGUUUCUUCCCCCCUCCUUUCCGGAGACGAAUACGCGUGGAGAGACAAGACACCGGGAACUGCGUUCUUGGCGUGACUUACCGGCAAACCCCCUUAUUGGCCUUCCAGGGUUGGCAACUCCAGUGACACCUGUAGAUCGUGAAGACUACAAGUUUUACUGCGAUGCCUGCCAGAAAGGCUUCUUUGUUCAGACGCGGUACGAUAUACACAUGAUGGAUCAUAUCUGGUGCACUGUGCCUGGAUGCCGCUUCACCUGCCGAAAGGGCAAGGAGUGGAAGAUGGAGAUGCACAUGGAGACACUUCAUAACCGGCCGGAUGCGCCUGAUCUUGUAGAUGUUGGGGCCUACUUGUCACAGCGUAGGCGGCGCUUUCCCACACAGGACACAGUGAAGUCGAAGGUGGAGGAGCUUUUUUAUAAGGCGUCUAGGGGAGUUAUCCUGCCGGAUGAGCGUCGUCGGUGGCUGCGUCAGCACGGUGUCCUCGUGAGGAAACACCCUCGAACUGAGGAGGCGUAUAUUGACUCUGAUGCACUGCAGCAGUCAGCACGUGCUGCAACCAGUAAAGUGACCGAACGACGCCGACGACAGCAGCAGCAGGAGCAAGAGCAGGAGCAGCAGCAGGAGCAGGAGCAGCAGGAGGAAUCUGGGGAAAAGGGGGGCCCCACAGAGAUGCAUGUAUCACCGGUGCCAACGAAAAUUUUUCAUGGAGAAGAGUCCCUCGUGAAGGAGAAUCCCCCGAUGUCGGCGCAACACCCUCCAGCUCCUGGGCGCCCAAAGCGGAUUAUUCCUCUUGGUUCAAACGGCAGGCUGACGCGAGGCCAGAAGGUGCAGCUCAUUUGUGAGCGAUACCGCGAGGCAAAGACCGUGCCACCGUUCUACGUCUGCCCCCGCUGUGGGGAGAAGGGUAUCCAUUGGGUUGACGAAUGCCCUACGAAAGGUGAUGCGACAUUCGAGCGACGGACUGUUUGGGGUGAGGAGCGUCGGGAGCCCCCGAGGCAAAAGUGCCGCACAGAAUGCCUCACGGAAGAGACGAGAACAACAACUCCAAAAGCAAGCGAUAAUGGGAGACAACUUGAUGAUGCCUCCGCACCUUCAGCAGGGGAUGAUAGGAACACGCAGGGCGGCAUGGCGGCUCGUUGUGACGACGAGGGCCCUGCGGGGGAUGGCGCCUUAGAGCUUGUGGAGGAUGACGGCGGCCCACCUGCUGAGAUGUCUGCAAGGAGGCACGACGUAGCGGAAGGCGCAACAAACCCAACGCCGGAGGUGAGCCGAAUGUUGGCGCCGGUUGCAGCGGCAGCGCUGUCGAAGCGCGGGAGGAAGCCGCAACAGGGGCAGUCGCGCCAGACACAGCCCUCACGAUCCCGCCAGCCUCCUCCACCUACGUUGUAUGAGCGUCUAGUGGAGUCCCAAAAAGCGAAUGAGCAGGGUCUUCUUCUUCAAGCCCUCCGGUUUUUCGUCAUGCGCAGGUUUUUUGAGCCAUUGUGA